AUGCAGAUCUGGAACGCUGUCGUUGUUGGAAUCUGGGGCCUCUGCGGCCUCGUCGGGCCAGCCUCGGGGGGCCGGAUAGGCCGCAGGGACAGACCAUCCAGGCGCGUACCGUCCUCGCAUGUCGUUCAUGAGAGACACGAGCAGGGCCACCUCCAGGGAUGGGUCAAGCGCGAGCCUGUAGAUGCGGAGUGGAUGCUUCCAGUGCGCAUCGGGUUGAGGCAGUCGAACGUCGAUGUUGGGCACCAGCGGCUCAUGGACAUCCAGUGGAUCCAGUUUGACGCCCCAGUGCACGAGGUCGAGGAGUUGUUGCUCACCAGGUAUCACAUCUUUGAGCAUCUCGAGACCGGGAUCAAAAAUAUUGCGUGCUCUCAGUACCACGUUCCGCACGAUGUUUCGCACCACAUUGAUUACAUUACCCCUGGCAUCAAGCUCAUGUCGGGCGGGUACGAAGAGAAAGUCCUCAAGCGGACGCUGGCCCAGUACCAGAUCCCCAACGGCACACGAGCUGCAAAGGGGAACGAACUCGGCAUCUUCGAGAGCCUCAGCCAGCACUACAGCCAAGAGGACCUCGACACCUACUGGAAAUACGUCGCCCCCUGGGUGCCACAGGGCACGCACCCGGAGCUGCGGUCCAUCAACGGCGCGUUCGGUCCCACCAACGCCACAUUACAGGCGGGCGAGGAGGCCGACCUCGACAUCCAGGUGGCGGCGCCGUUGAUCUGGCCGCAGAAGACGGUCCUCUUCCAGACGGACGACGAGUGGUACGAGCAGAACCAGCUGCAGCCGGAUACGCAGUACCCUGGGUUCUUCAACAGUAUUCUCUACCCCAAACCCCCCCACGCCUUUCUGCCAUUUUUCGACGCGCUCGACGAAUCCUACUGCACCCUCAGCGCCUUCAACUUCACAGGCAACUGCGAAACGGCCGCCUGCCGCGACCCGACGUACCCCAACCCCAACGCUUCCCCCGCGCAGGGCGGCUACGCCGGCGCGCUGAUGUGCGGGCGCUACCCGGCGACGCCGGUGCUGGCGCUCAGCUACAGCGGCCCGGAGCACGGCUGGCCGGCCAACUACAUGCGGCGGCAGUGCCUGGAGGUGAUGAAGCUGGGGCUGCAGGGGGUGACGGUGCUCGAGUCGUCGGGCGACUUCGGGGUGGGCGGGACGCGGACGGACUCGCGGGCGGGGUGCCUGGGCCCGGGGCGGGACGUGUACGCGCCGCGGGCGCUGGGCAACUGCCCAUACGUGCUGAGCGUGGGCGCGACCGCGCUGGUCGAGCCCGAGGCCGGCGACGGCCGCACGCUGGUCGAGGUCGCGGCCGAGUCGUUCGCCUCCGGCGGCGGCUUCUCCAACGUGUUUGCGCGCCCGGCCUGGCAGGACGCGCAUGUGCGGGCCUACCUGGCGCGCGCGAACGUGUCAGAUCUGGGCUACGUGAACACGGGUGGGAGCGGCGAGGGCGUGCUGGGCUUCGGCGCCGGCUGGGACAGUCUGCCGUCGCCCGAGCCGGGCAAGCUGUUCAACAUGGCCGGCAGGGGGUACCCGGACGUGGCGGCCAUCGGGGAGAACUACCGGGUCGUGCUGCGGGCGUAUGCGAACCGCAUGCACGGCACGUCGGUGGCGACGCCGAUUUGGGCGGCCAUCUUGACGCUGAUCAACGAGGAGCGGCGCGCAGCGGGCAAGAGCACGGUGGGGUUUGUGCACCCGGUGUUGGUCUUCACCGACAUCACCACGGGGUCCAACCCAGGUUGCGGAAGCAACGGCUUCCCGGUUGAGGAAGGAUGGGAUCCGGUGACGGGACUGGGGUAA